AUGGGUUUUUGUAAAAUUGUUUCUCGAUUGAAACUUAAGGAAGAUGUUCCUUUCUCUCAAGUUUUUGAGCAUGCACAUUUGUUGGACCUUUUGUACCACUUGAUUGUGCCCAAGAUAGAGGGAUCCCACGAAGCAAUAAUAACCGACAUAUAUCAAGAAAAGGGAGGUGCAAGCUUUGGUAGUAAUUCUAGUCAAGUGUUUGCUAAUCUUUGGAGCUUGUUAUCAAGUCUAAAUGUUGGUUUGGUGAGUAAAUUUACAAGACCAAUUAAGAUGAUAUUGGCUUUCCCUUGGAAGAUUGUUGCUAGUCUACCUGGGAUGUCCAACUUAGCAUCAAAGAACAAAGAAGACAUCAAAUCUGAAAAUGAAGUUCCAAGUGAUGAGGAAAAGAAAAAAAUUCCAAUAGUAGAGGAGAUCAUGAUUCAUUCGGUGUCACACCUAUGUGACUUUGGAGUUGAAUUUUGUCCUACUAUUGGCAACAUCACUACCAUCAAGUUUGACGAGAAGUCUAAGAUAUUUUACCUUCCUGUCAUUACUUUGAAUAUGAACUCUGAAGUGAUCAUAAGAAACUUGGUGGCAUAUGAAGCGUCAAUUGUAUCAGAGUCCCUUGUUUUCACUCGAUACAUAGAACUAAUGAGUGGGAUCAUAGAUACUGUCAAUGAUGCAAAGUUGUUGAGGGAAAAGAAAAUCAUCGUAAACAGCCUAAAAAGUGAAGCUGAUGUCGCGAAACUCUUUAAUGGGGUGAGUAAAUCCAUUCGACUCACAAACGUGUCUUAUAUUGAUAAGACGAUUGAAGAUGUCAAUAAGUACUUCUAUAGUACAUGGAGGGUUCAUGUAUACAAGAGCAUGAAAAGGUAUGUGUAUGGUUCUUGGAAGAUUCUUACAAUUCUAGCAGCUAUCUUGCUCACCUUGUUAAUGUUUCUACAGUCAUUUUGCGCAGUUUACAGUUGUCCUCAUCUUUUCCACACGAGUAGUUAA